GUUGCCUUCGUUCACGUUUGAAUAAGCAGAAACAAUCCCUUGAUCAGCGAACGAAGAGAGAAAUACGAGGUAAUAAAAGAAUGUUUAGUUGGUGAAAAUCGUUCUGGCUUAGAUUAAAGGAUUGCUCUUUGAAUUAAAGGAUUCUCUUUGAGAGUGCUCAGUCUUUGUAUUAUUUUGCUUAUUUCUCACUACGACCAAAUUACGACUACAAAUUACGACUACAAAUUGAACAGGUAUUGAUGCAAAAUGGUCUGAUAGUACGGGAGGCCAGUUUCAUAAAAAUGUUUGAUAUUCCGUUUCACUCUAGUAACCCUUAGUAGUGAUUAGCAUGCAAUUUCUCCCUAGAAUAUCACCCCUGAUUCACGCAUUAAGGUCAUGAGAAUAAAGGAAAUGAUCACCAACGAAAGAAGCUUUUGAUCGGUAAACAAAUUCUCCUUGUCAGCACCUUAAGAAAUGUAUAAAGAACAGUAUGGAGAACAUGUAUUCUGAUUUUAAAAUGCGAAGGGGUUAAAGGAAGAGGUAAACAGACAUUUUCUAGAUUCACAUUUGAGACUCACUUUCCUCUCACGGCAAUAGGGAUCGCAAGCUUCAUACUAACUCAGGUCACGGACCGUUGACAAUGUGAUCAGAUUGGAUGUAGCGUAGGAAACAUAAUUCUGCACCCAAAUUUCAAAAUGAGGUGCUUGCUCGCGUGACAACAGCCUAUUAAAGAGCAGUAAACAAGUUUGAGAGUUUGUAUCGGGCGUAAGACCGGUAAACCGUAACUGACAUUCUAUUACAGCAUGGCAGUAUUGUGUACCUUUUUUCCUUUCCUUUUCUUCAGGUGCGGAUAAUUGCUUUAUUGAGCCGACGGGAAAAAAUGGUACCGUUUAUUCUCCCGAGUCUAUCAGCUUGACUUUAAAAAAUUGGAAAAGCUCUGGAGGAUAUGAAGGGGAGGUGUCAUGGAAACCUUUCAAAGGUAAGCUAGGUGAUCACACCAGUUUUAAUCAUCACUGCGGUCAGCCUGUAUUAAGCGGUCCGCACGCCAUUCCCCAUGGGUAAACGCUUAUAAUACAAGUUUGACUGUAUUUUCCGGAGAAUAUAUCCUAAAUUUAAAAGCUAUACCAUUUGGACGCAAUUCUCAGAAAAAAAAUUUCUUUUUGUCGAAAUUUCUAGUCAAAUGUUACACGUAGUGAAACUCUUAAAAGAAGACCCCAAGAUAAUUUAUUCCAGGUGUCCGCUUUUUAAUAGGGUGUCGGCUUAAAAAAGUCUCGUAAAUUGAACGUAUAGUUUUUUGGCACUCCCAUCGGUUGAGAGCAUGUCAGUUAAUCUUACCAGGGCGAAGAGGUGAUAGUAAAUAAAACGAAAAAAUUAAUUCAAUUACUUACCUGUUACAAACAGGUAAGUAACCAUAAGAAAUGCUAAAUUUGCUCUAAUUUUAUGCUUCGAAAAGAUGAAAAUUCGAAUCUGUCUCAGAGGUCUUAAUUUUAAAAUUUCCUCCUCUAAAGCAAACUUUUCGAAGGCCCAGGACACUUUCUAGGCUGCAAUGUAGAAUUAGCACAACCAGCUGAAUUAAGGUUCUUUGACUUUUUACCAGAUGAAGCGUUAAACUGGACUGGAUAUAGAGUAAUCUAUGUCAUAAACGAUACUGUCAUCAAAUGCAGGGACUUUGGCAAGGUGAGGAAAAUUUCCCCUUCGGAGCAUGUUUUUCAUUAAUUGACGAGUUUACUCAUUUUUGCUUCGUGGUGUGUCUGUUCACAAGAAGUCUACCACUUAAUUGCACUGAGACUGCCUCCCACAACUUUCAUAUGCUUUUUUUUUCACAACAGAUGACAUAGACUUACUAAAACUAUCACUUAUGUCUUCUCAAUGAGAUCGUUCUUAAGACUUGCUGGCAAAUGUUUCUGAUUUGAUAAAGAACUUUGACAAUUUCAGUGGGGGAUCAGGGAGGAGGGCUCGAGAGGUCCAGAACCCCCCCUACAACACUUAUCUACGUUUUGUUUUUGUUUUUUUAAUUAUUCAACUUGUCAGGUAUUAAAGUUCCUGGAAUUGCAGAAUCACAUUUUACUAUUUAAAGUUCUAUUUUCUCUAAUUGAACAUAUCUUGGCUUGUUGAGGUUUGAGAUCUGAUAAAAAUGUCUGUUAUUUUGUGAACAAAGAAUUCCCGCCUUAACCAUAGGCGGGAAAAAAAACGCAAUCGAGGCACCGUUUACCAGAGGAUAUAAAGAAAAAUGUAAAAUUACCUUUCCGAAACUGCCCAGUAAUGCCCCUAAAGAAAUGCGCGCGGUGCGAACAACAAUGUACAGAACCUUCACGCAUAUCUGUGACAGACUACUUUACGAAUGAUCCCUUACUGCACGGCCAUUUACAUUACCGCAGCCCAGGCCUAUAACUAUUAACCUGUUAACAAACCAUACUCUGAUGAGCUGAGUUUCUCGUAAGGUCGGAUCCUGUGAGCAGUGUCACCUUUACUGGAAGAUCGUACCUUUCAUUGCUCUUUCGUUUUGUAGCAGUCACUGACGCCACACCCCGCAUACCACCCAUUGCAGUACACCUUUGUACUAAGAUGAUGGCACACCGCUGCACUUCAAUGGAUUACACUUCGUGUGGUCUUAGGCUAUUGCUAAACGAUUUCUGAAAGCGUACUUGGCGGAUAUAGACUUUAGUUAAGCGAAAAAACUGAGAUACAUGCCCAGUUAGCAUAAUUUUACUGUGUCUGUUUCAGAAUUUUACGAGCUAUAAAAUACCAUUGAAAUUGCAAAGUGGAUGGGACGUGACUGCUCUUGUAAGUAAUUUGUGUCGUGCAUAUCAACUAACAGUUGAAUCAUAAGAUCGAAAUUUUUAUCGCGUGAUAGCGUCACAAGAAGUGUGGAAAGAGGAACUGAACUAGGCUGUUUGUUAUCUUACAUCUUAGCUGGAAGGCCUUUGCGCUUUAGGCGUGCCUGCUGAAAGGUAAAGCAGAUACCUCUUUCGUCAUUAACAUUCAAUUUGUAUUUACAUUUUCUUUUUCAUUAGGUUACUCUUCUGCCAUUCCCGACUGGAUACAAGUUUUCGAUCCCCUGUAAGCUAAUGAGACGUGUUAACUAUUAUCAAGAGGGUUAUGGUUAUUAAAUAUCGUAUAGAUACUCAAGUAUCAAGAAAGAGAAAUUCUGAACAGAUAUUACCAGCUUUCCAGAUAUUGACAGCCCGCCAUGCUGUGUAGAGAAUAACCCUCACAUGAUCCAACAUGGUUAUGAAUAUUACAUUCGAAAUCGAAGCCUAUCAUUCUUUAUUCCAAUCACGGCUUCGUCAAAUAACAUCGAAUGCCGUCAAGCCAAAGGCAAUAAAUGAAAUCGAUCGGCGUGCCAUGAUUUUCUCUUUUGAGACUUUUUUGCAAGAUCAUCUGGACUUCCAAGUUUUUUCUUCGGAAAACAUUUCUGAAAGAGCUAGAGUCUCUUAGCCUUUCAAAAAUGGCUUGCGGAGAACAGAACGCGGAACCAAAAUAAUUUGUUUUUUUUCCUCUGCAAGCAUCGAAAUAAGCAGCAGGAGUUUACAUUUGUGUUGAUUCGAGCCUUUUUAGCCAAAAAUGAAUCUUUCAUUAAGAAGAUCCAGAAAACGUUUCUUUUCUAAUAACUUAUUCCACAUCCUGUUUCACUGAGCUAAUUUUCGGUUAGAUUAUUCACUUCGCAAUUAGAUUGCAAUUUACUGUUAAGCAGCCUGUUUUUUUUCUUCAGCAUUUUUCCAUUCUUUUUUUUUCAGAUUGUUUUGUUUCAGAUGAAAAAAACUGUAAGAAAGGUGAGUCUUCGUUAUAAUAUCAGUGUGUGUAUAGGUAAUAAGCAUGAGUAGAAUUAAUUUUUUCAAGACAACAAUUUUGCAUGAGCCCUUUUAGCGAACGCAGUUUGUAGCCUUUGAAAAACUUAAAAGCGCUUAUUUACACCAAAUUGCAUGAGAAAUCAUUCUAUUACUCAUUGAAAAUUUACAUGAAAGAAGUAUCACACAAAGUCGAGUUAGAAGAAAUUUGGACUGCGCGCCCGAUUUUCAAACCCUCGACAACGAACGGCUACAUUUGAGAAGUGCCGUCACAAGCUCUGAGGCUAGAUUAGACAUCAAGGCGGGAGGUUUCUGGUCAAGAGGAAUUACGGCAUUUUUUGAUGUAAGAGUUACGCACGUUAACUCCAAGUGUUACCAGAACAAGACAACAUCUGAAGUAUUCAAGGAGCAAGAGGACGAGAAGAAAUGCAAGUACCAGCAGCAGGUGCUAGAUGUAGAGAUGGGUUCAUUCACACCUUUAGUGUUUGGAACCAAUGGCGGAAUGGGAAACGAGUGUCAGCGUUUCCUGAAGCAUCUUGCAGAUAAGAUAGUUCAGAAGGACACCGAGCCGUAUAACACCGUUAUCGCAUGGCUCAGGACACAAAUCUCUUUCGAACUUCUAAGAUCGGUACACACAUGCGUGAGAGGUUCACGAACGCCUUUUCACAGCAAGAUAGAACACUGCAAAAUAAACAUCGCCACCCCGGGCCUCUAAACUUUUUUUUUUUUUUUUUAGGGCAAUUUUCAAGCUAAAUGCUUUUGUAUUAUACGUGAUUUUGAAUUUUUAUGAAAUCUCGUAUAUUCAUUUUAUCAAUUGUAUUUUGUGAAUAAUCUUGAAUUAUUAUUAUUAUUGUUAUUAUUAUUAUUAUUAUUUUCAUUAUUAGUCCUAGUAGUAGAAGUAGUAGUAGUAGUAUUAGUAGUAGUGGUAGUAAUAGUAAUCGUAUUGUUGUUGUGGGUCAUGUUGUACCUGCUAUAACUUUGUAAUUCUAAAAAAAUAUUUAUUAACAAAUUUUUGAUCCUCUUUAGGAUCAACGAUAGCAAUAACAACAACAAAAGCACCAGCAACAACAACAAUAUUAACACCAGGUUUGCUUUUAAAAGAUUGCAUACUUCAACUUUGAGACCCCAAAGCUGUAGAAAUGAAUCUAAGCUUUCACAUGCCUACUUUCUGACUGGAAAAUGGAAAAUUUUUUUCUGCAGAGGCACAUAAUUCUUAAUACGUACUUAAUGACAACGUACUGUUAAAUUUCUUGAAGGGAUCAGCAGACUUUACAACAGACCUAAUAGUAGUGCGAAUUAGUUAAAAUUAGGACACAAAUUGUUUUUCUUGAGUAUACAGCCUCCAUUUACAAUUUUGGCAAAUAGAUAUGUUUUAUAUAUUCAUUGCAAAUAUUGUUCUACCAGCCAUAAACUUUAUUUUAAAGGGAUAGUUUUCACGUAAAAAUAUGAUUAUCUUUUUAGUGUUUAACUCCACUUCCUACGUUUUAAAAUUUCAUGUUUCAUACUUUUUGCCUUUUGAUUUAUUCAUGUUUCCACAAACAAUACAUAAAAGAUACGACUUUCUACGAUAACUACUGACAACUACCUAUAACACGAUCAGGUUAACUUUUCUUUCCUGUAUUAAGUAAAAUUCUUGCAGAUUUUAAAAAUUUAACCCUUUCGACGCUAAAUCACCUUUACUGUUUGAUAACUCAUCGAAAUAUUUAUGCAAAAUAUCUUCGUCAAUUACUGGAAGGAUGUCCGAAGAAGGCCUUGAAGGAAUAACCUAUUUAAGGGAUUAAGAGAUUAUGCUUGUAGAGAUCAACGUAGACAGAACAGGAAUUUCUCGAAAAUAGGAGUGUUGGAAAAAUCUUGAUGAUAACAAAAAACCUUCUGUUAUCAAAUUAAAAUGGGUUGUCCGAAGCGAAGAUUAUGACAAUAUGACUUUCCUAUUUGAUUUGAUUUUUUUUUUCAGGUAACAAAAAGAUGAUCAUUAUCAUUAUUGGAGUAAUUUUGGCCAUUGCCUUUUUGGCAGGCGUAAUAGCAACACUGCGUUAUUGCCGACGAUCGAAAACCGAUCUUACACCAUCGGUGCAGGGUUAGUUUUUUCCCCUCAAAAUUCACCUGAAUUCAAUCCAACAGUCGGAUGCACCUCGUUAUGCUCGCUUACCAUUUUAAUAAGUUCUAGCUACAUUUUGACGUCGUCUGUGAUCUAUUAUUGGUGGCAUUCAGGAGACACAUCUCCUUCAUGAAAUUAGGAUAUAUCGCUCUUGUAAGAUUAGAAAACUGCUAUACUCAGACUCACAUCAUCUGUGAUUAACAAUACGUACUUCUUUGAUUUUUCAGAUUUAAAAUUUGAGUACGAUGCAUUCGUUAUAUUCAGCUCACAAGACUCGGAUUGGGUGGUAAACACUCUCAUCCCAACUCUGGAGAAAAAGCAUGGCUUGAAGUGCUGCAUACAUUACAGAAAUUUCACACCAGGAGUCCUUUUUAGGGACAAUGUGGUGGACAGUGUUUACAAGUGUAGAAAAACCCUUGCUAUUGUCUCUACUCACUUUUUCGAUAGUAAUUAUUGUGGAUCAGAACUGGAUUUCGCCCUUCAUCGACUUAUGGAAAAGAGGGAUGACAGUCUAGUUGUCAUCAAACUUGAUAAAGUUGAUAAAAGGAAACUUCCCAUGGAACUGCAAGAGAGGAGUUACAUAGACUAUUCGAAAUCAGUCGAAAAAGAAGCGUGGGAGAAAAAAUUGGUUGACUGCUUAAAGAACAAAGUUAACAAAUAAAAUGAAACAAGCAAUAAAUCAUAAACAGAAAAAGCAAACGACGAUACUUGCCUUGUAAGCUUUCUCGUGGGGGCCAUGUUGUAAUACGUAAGGGACUGCGGGACAAAAUUCAAACUUUCAAGAGAGACAUCAUUGACUUAUCUAUUUCUGUAUUACUGUGUUACAAAUCUAAUUUUCGACAGACAUGUCAUCUCUAUUCUCGCAUCUGUUAUGUGUUGCACGUACUCCUAUUUUGUUUCGUCAUUUAUUUCUAUCCGUUUCCGGUGAGAAGUUUAAAAGACACUUCGUGAAAGGUAACGACCCGAUCAAAUAACAUGUUUACCUCAAUCUAAUCUACUAUUUUCACAUGAAUGUUAAUGUCUCGUAUCAGUAGUAAUUCUGCAAUAAUUUCAGGGAACAUUAUUCGACCAGCUUCGCCC